AUGGCGGCGCCGGCCAUGGAGGCAGAGGCCGACUACCGGGAGGUGCUCAACUUGUUACCCGUGUUCUGGCUCCCGGUGUGCCUACGGGAGAUCGUGAUGUUGAGAGUGAUCUUGACAGGGUUUCUCGAACCGCCAUGGUUGGCAAACAAAGCGGUUGGCGAAGUGCCGUCCCGUGAACAGUACAGUGGCAACCAUGGCAAAGGCGGACGCCCAAAAAAACACCAGCAAGUUCAGGUCCGAAGCUCUGGCCGGUUCGGUGGACAGGCUCGCAGUGCGGAGGCUGAGAUACGUUUUCUCCAGCGACAUUGGGACAAGCCCCUUUUCCAGAGGGCAGGGUUCCUGAGGAUCCUUCGUGACAUCCUCAUCGACCAAGGCAAGCCAGACUUCAGGUUCUCCACAGACGCCGUGAACACACUCAUGCAAGCAACGGCGGCCUUGGGAGUCGAAGCCUUUGUCAGAGGGGCCAUUGCUGCGAGACACGCCAGGCGUGGCACAGUCAUGCUCCAAGACUACCGUCUUCAUGGAGAGCUUCAAAAUGUACGCUGGGGAGAUGUCAUUCCCAUCCCGCCGCCUCCACCGAAGGUCGUUCCGAAGCUGCGUGGUGCCAAGCGUGCUAUCGAGGAGGCGCUGAAGUAG